CAGGGAAUCAAACCACAACCACACUUAUCAAAAACCUUACCUUCAACUUCCAACCAGAACACCCAUUUGACAUUUGGUUGAAUGGGUGCAACUAGUUUUUCUCAUUCGUUUAUAAAUUUCUAUGAAAUUAUAUAUAGUUCGCGUCGGGGUUAAUGGGUGGUCGAGCACCCAACACAUUUUACAUUGAUCUGCCUCUGCCCCAUAGUGAAUGUCACAGCUUUUCCUUGCUCUUAUCCUUUUCUUCUCUCCUAUUGAAGCAUUGUACUCUUGUCUAGCUUGUGUUUCGGUUGCAAAUUUCUCUGCAUAAAAAGUGUUGUGCAUAAAAAGUGUUGUAUAGCUCUCUUUGUUUUCAUAAUAUAAGCUUUUGUGCUUCUCUAUCUUCGACUCCGGUUCCUUUUGUUCUUGUUGAAACUGGGAAGUGGCCGCAACCGGAAUAUGAUAAUGUAAAUAUGGAUGGCUCAAGGCAUCCCCUACCUCUUGUGACAGUUUAUCAUCAUUUGCAGCCUUUACAUGCUACGCCUCUCACUUUCCUCCAGGCACUCUUUGGUCAUCACUAUCCUGUUGGAGUAUUGGAUGAAGAAAAAAUUCUGCCACUUGUAAAAGAUAUAGCCGAUGUUGGAAUUUGCAGCUCAAAAGAUGGGAUUUUGGAGAUCAAAUCAUGCGAGGACUUACCCUAUUUCUUGUUUGACAUGACCAAAAAUCAAAUGUUGGUAGACUUUGCCUUCAAAACAAAAGUUUUGAUGUGGAGUGGAGAUGUGUUUGGUUCAGUUGUAGUUGGUGUCCUUGGCUAUGUUGUUGUGAGGUAAACUGGUUGUGUCUCUCAGACACUACACUUGAACUUUUAGCCUUUGUGGAUAUCAUGCCUUUAAGAUUUCAUUGUUAGCUCUUUUUUCUUCCUCUCAUGGACUGGAGUUGAGGGGAGGUCUAGGCAGGGACAAAAUCCUUAAUUGUGCAAAAUCUUGUCGUUGUCAAUUAAUUUAAAAUGUGAUGGAGUUAAUUUUAACCUCAUAAUUAAUUAUCCUUCUCUUUUACCAGUGUGAGAAAA